ACUCCACAUUAAUAUUCGGAAAGAAGAUGAGUCAAAGUUCUCAUCCCUCCGCAUAAAAGGCAACCCUAACAAAAAGUACAAACACCAAACUACCCUCCACCGACUACCACUAUUUUCCACAUCUCAAGGGUAUUUCAGUCAUUCCACCAUCUCUCACUCUCUCUAAACUCAUUCUAUAUAUAUCACACAACAUAGUGAAAACAGAGGAAACAGAGGAAAACAGGGGAGGGAAGAACAGAAUAUGGGAAUCCUCAAAGAUCAACAUCAUUCUCUGUUUCUCCUCCUCAACAUCAUCAAUGUUUUAGCAUCAUUCUCAGUUCAAUCAGCAGAGCCUCCAUUUUCUUGUGCCUCAAUCCCCUCCAAGAACUACAAUUUCUGCAAUGCCAAGUUAAGCAUAGAACAGAGAGUUGCUGACUUGAUCUCUAAACUCACUCUGGAUGAGAAGAUAUCUCAGUUAGGUGAUAUAGCUCCUGCCAUUCCUCGUCUCGGCAUCCCUGCAUACAAAUGGUGGUCAGAGUCAUUGCAUGGUGUGUCGAACUCCGGCAAAGGGAUCCAUUUCAAUGGCACAAUUCAGUCUGCUACUAGUUUUCCUCAAGUCAUUCUCUCUGCUGCUUCUUUCAACCCCAACCUUUGGUACCUUAUAGGACAAGUCAUUGGAACAGAGGCUAGAGCGGUAUACAAUGCUGGGCAAGCUGAAGGGUUGACAUUUUGGGCACCGAAUAUUAAUGUGUUCAGAGAUCCUAGGUGGGGGAGAGGGCAGGAGACUCCGGGAGAGGACCCGGAGACGGUGAGCAGGUAUGCAGUGAGCUAUGUGAGGGGAAUGCAAGGAGAUUCAUUUAAUAACAAGAAAGGUGGUGUUACUGCUUCUUCUUCUUCUACUGGACUUAAGGUUUCAGCAUGCUGCAAACACUACACUGCUUAUGACUUGGAUAAUUGGGAGAAGGUUGUUCGUUAUACAUUUGAUGCCAAGGUAACAGCACAGGACUUGGCGGACACAUACCAACCACCAUUCCAGAGUUGUGUGCAGGAAGGGCAUGCAAGUGGGAUGAUGUGUUCUUACAAUAGAGUUAAUGGAGUUCCAACUUGUGCUGAUUAUAAUUUCUUGUCAAAGACCGCCAGGGCCUCCUGGGGUUUCUAUGGAUACAUCGUAUCGGACUGUGAUGCAGUUUCGAUAAUCCAUGACGCACAGGGCUAUGCAAAGGCACCUGAGGAUGCUGUCGCAGAUGUUCUUCAAGCAGGAAUGGAUGUGAACUGCGGCAAUUACGUGCAGAAAUACGCAGGCUCGGCCAUACAACAGAAGAAAAUAACAGAAAGUGACAUAAACAGAGCCCUCCAAAAUCUCUUCACAAUCAGAAUGAGACUGGGUCUCUUCAAUGGUAGCCCAAAGAACCAAGCCUAUGGAAAUAUCCCUCCAUCUCAAGUCUGUACUCAGGAUCACCAAAAUCUAGCUCUAGAAGCUGCUCGGGAAGGCAUUGUUCUUCUCAAGAAUUCAAACAACCUCCUCCCUUUUCCAAAGCAGGGAGUUGCAUCUCUUGGAGUGACAGGUCCAAAUGCAAAUAAUUUUACAACGCUCUUAGGCAACUAUGCUGGUCCUCCAUGCAAGUACAUCAGUCCAUUACAGGCGCUGCAAAGCUAUGUUAAGGACACCAAGUAUGUACCAGGUUGCAGUUCUGUGGCAUGUCCUUCUAGCUCUACAAGUGAAGCAGUGCAACUAGCGAGCUCAGUUGAUUAUGUGAUUAUGGUCAUGGGUUUGGACCUGACGCAGGAGAAGGAAGAGCUUGACAGAGAGAACUUGGUUCUCCCGGGAAUGCAGGAAAGCUUGAUUGCUAGUGUGGCAAAAGCUGCAAAGAAACCAGUGAUCUUGGUGUUGAUGUGUGGUGGUCCAGUGGACGUUACAUUCGCAAAGCUUGACGAUAAAAUUGGAGCCAUAUUAUGGAUCGGUUAUCCUGGUGAAGCUGGAGGAUUAGCAAUGGCAGAAAUUCUUUUUGGAGAACACAAUCCUGGUGGGAGAUUACCUGUUACUUGGUAUCCUCAGGAAUUCACCAAGGUGCCAAUGACCGAUAUGAGGAUGAGGGCAGACCCAGCCACAGGAUACCCAGGGCGCACCUAUAGGUUCUACACUGGCACACCAGUUUUCAAGUUUGGUUUUGGCCUGAGCUACUCCAAAUUCUCUUAUGAGUUUGUAUCUGUUGCUACCGAAGGCUCUGUUUACUUGAACAAAUCUGUUAAUCUCCUUGACCUCAAGAAAACCAGUGGUAAUAGUUAUGACACUAUGAAGAUCGGUUCUAAAGCUUGCAAAAAUCUAAAAUUCUCUGCCGUGGUUGGAGUUAAGAAUCAUGGACCUAUGGCUGGAAGGCAUCCUGUGAUGCUAUUCAAGCGUUCAUCUAGUACCUUGCAGGGAAGACCAAUGGAGCAAUUGAUCAGGUUCAAGAGUGUGCAGCUGGAUGCUGGCGAAGAAGCUAAUGUUGAGUUCAUUAUGAAUCCCUGUAAGCAUCUUGGUAGAACUGAAGUGGAUGGUGCUAAAGUUCUAGAUGAAGGGUCUCACUUCCUGGUGGUGGGAGAAAAGGAGUAUGAGUUAAGCAUCAUAGCUUAACUCUAUUAAGGGUCAGCUUUAAAGGAUUCAUGGAUGGAGUUCACAGAGAAAUAAAGAUGGGACUUCAUUCAUACAGAUUGUUCUUUUUCAAAGCAUCUAAUAUAUUGACAAAGCAUAAAAUGGCAAUAUGUCCAUGAAGUGUUCUAUGAUGUCAUUUUAAGAAAAUGCUUCUUCUUUUGUCUUUUGCAAAGUAGCAGUAAGUUGGAUAGUUUUGCAAAUCAA